CACGGCGCAGCUGCGGAGUGUGUGAGCGGAGCGGAGCUCGGAGCAGGACCCGAACUCGGUAAACACGCCAAACGAACAUGAGCGCGAGGGGAAGUUUCACAGAGCGGCUCUCAGGACUGAGCGGUCACCAGGACUCUCACCGCGCCGUCAUGCUUUGGUGUAAGGCUUGAGCACCAGCUAUUGUUUAAUGACACUGGCCAUGGUGGUGUUAUCGGACGAUGGGCUGGGGUCUCCCCCGAGCAAGCCUGGCAGACCACUGCAGGUUGGCUUCUACGAGAUCAUCCGUACCCUGGGGAAGGGAAACUUUGCUGUGGUGAAACUGGCCAGACACAAAGUCACCAAAACACAGGUUGCCAUUAAAAUCAUUGACAAAACUCGUUUGGAUGCUUCAGAUUUGGUGAAACUCAACAGAGAAGUUAAAAUCAUGAAGCUUCUGAACCACCCGCACAUCAUCAAACUCUACCAGGUUAUGGAAACCAAAGACAUGCUGUACAUAGUAACAGAGUUUGCGAAGAAUGGGGAGAUGUUUGAUUAUCUUGCUUCCAAUGGCCGUCUAAGUGAAGAAGAAGCUCGCAGGACGUUCUGGCAGAUCCUCACAGCUGUGGAGUACUGCCACAGACAUGGCAUCGUACAUAGAGACCUCAAAGCUGAAAACUUACUGCUAGACGACAACAUGAACAUCAAAUUGGCAGACUUUGGAUUCGGAAACUUCUAUGUGCCUGGUGAACCUCUGUCUACCUGGUGUGGAAGUCCCCCUUAUGCAGCUCCAGAGGUGUUUGAAGGCAAGGUGUAUGAGGGACCACAACUAGACAUCUGGAGUCUGGGAGUGGUUCUGUAUGUGCUGGUAUGUGGCUCUCUGCCAUUUGACGGUGCUACUCUUCCUGCGCUGAAACAGCGUGUUACAGAGGGACGCUUCAGAGUGCCCUAUUUCAUGUCACAGGAAUGUGAAAACCUGAUACGGAGGAUGUUGGCAGUGGACCCAGCCAGGCGUAUCAGUGUGGCCCAGAUAAAGCAGCAUCACUGGAUGCAGGCUGACCCCACAGAUUCCUGCCAGGCCACUUCUGCCUCUCUUUGCACUGAUGGCCUGCUCCAGCCAGAGAGCUACAGCGAGCCGGUCCUCAGUCUAAUGCAAGCACUGGGCAUCGACAAGCAGAGGACGAUUGAAUCUUUACAGAAUGGCAGCUACAACCACUUCUCUGCCAUCUACUGGCUCCUACUGGAGAGAUUGAGAGAACACCGGGACCAGCAACAAAUUCGACAGGACCGGGACUGGCUGAAAGAGUCUGGUUACAUGCUUCCAGGAGCAGAGCUUAGAGGCGAGGUGGAGCCAAACGCAUUACAGUACAGAAACUCUGCCUAUCAAAGCAUUCAGUUGGACACUACUGUCAGCAAGAGGGCCCCAGCUAAAGACUUAGAGAGACUGCCUCUUAAUCUUACCACCGAAUCCAGAAACACAACACGCCGACACACUGUCUCAGAGGUCUCAUCCUCCCAACACUCAUGCCACCCACCAAGUAUUGUUGUAGACCUUGUGGAUGAUGCUGCCUCAGCUGGCAGCCACAGGCUCUGCUCUUCCUCCAGUGCCUCCAGCCCCUUUCUCACUUCCCCCAGUGCUCUUUUAGAAGCAAGCACACAUCUCUUUGCUGACCAACCCCAGGGGCUACACCCAUUCUCACAGAACUCAGUAAGAGGCCCCCUCACUCAGUCAUCAGUUCUGGGGUUCCAGAACAGUCUGCAGGUUCCCAGCUUCCAGGAGGGCAGAAGAGCCUCAGACACGUCUCUUACUCCAGGUCUGGGAUCCUUCCACCAGCAACUGAGGAAGAACAUUCUCACUAAAGGCUUGAAUAAAGUCAAAUGUCCUCCACAGUAUGCAUGGCCCCCAUUUCACAGCCUACAGGACUGUGUUUCUGUAGUAUCCCCAUGCUCUCCAACUCACACUCAUUCAUGGGACCAUCUUCAGAAUCCAGUAAGGAGCUUUCAGGACCAUCAGAGAAUGACUCAUCUUCAUCUUCAUCAUCCCAGUCAUCAGCAGCUAUUACAAGUGCCCUCUUCUCAUCCUCCUCCCACUGCAGCCGUUCAGCAGCAACACAUCUGGCAGUGCCCAGCUCCUCCAUUCCCAGGCUUUGGGAAUCUCUUGACUUCUUCUCUACCACCCCCAGAACACCAGGGGCACUACCUUAACCCAACAUGUCACCUUCAGCCUCCUCCCAGCCUGCUGUGCCCUCAACAAGAACCACCCCCUCAACACUCUUCCUGUCUGUCAGCUCUGGCGAGCUCUUGGUGCUCCUUUUCUAGCUCUUCAUCCUCAAACAUGGUGGACUCUGCCGCACUGCUCCUGGAAAGCCAGCUGCAAAUCAGCCCCAGCUCCCAGCCCCAGCUUCAGUCUCGUGUUCAGUUGGAGAAUGGGGCUCCCUGCUGCCCACACUGACUGCUGGGAGGCUCAAGUCAAUAGUAUGCCGAAAAAUCUAUUUUACACAAUUAUUCACUUAGAUCAGCUAUGACAUGUUUGGUGUUUUAAGUUGUUUACUUUUGCACUUGAGGUACAGGGCUAAUGUAGACAACAAACAAUGGAAGGUACAAAAGUAAGGAAAAAAAUCUUCAACUUACUGCUACUGCAGUUUUUAACUAUGCAAAAAUACUUUUGUUAUUUUUAUAUUAUGUCAUGAAAUGUCAGAAAACACAUGACUAAGUCUAAGAUGACCAAAUCCCUCAAUAUCCCAGGCCUAUUACAAACUAAGGCUUACUAUUCAGUAACUACAGGGACUUCAGUGUAAUGGGUUUAGCUAUGCUUAAGUUACAGAAGUGUGUAAGUAAACAGCCUCAUGGCCAUGUAAGGGGUUAACGACUCAACACAGUUUGAGCCAAGUGUGCGAUGAUUUGGCCUUCAGUUUGCAUGAUGCUUAUUGGUGGCAUGUAUGUAUGUGUUACUUGUUAGCUACAUUAGCCUCAUAACUCUAGUGCGAAGCUAAAGAAGCAAACUUUGGACACCAACAUGCCUUGGCUGACUGACUACUUACUGUUGCUGUCUAAAUUAAAACAAGUAUCUCCAAAGUAAAUGUUACAGGAAAAGACAAAAAUGGUUUUUACUGUCAGGGUUUCAGUGUUAAUGUGAAGGGAUUUUAUUACAGGCAGUUUUGGAGCAUUUGAGCUGCUGUGCUCAAAUGGAAAAAAUGGAGAUACUUUUUUGUUUGUUUUUGUUUUUUUUGACUGUGACAAUGUAGAAUAUGGAGUAAUUUGUGUAAAUCUGAGGAUAUUGGUAAGCUGGGCACAUAAAACGUAAAGGAUGUGAUCACAAAGGUUCAACCAAGAGUAAUUAUGGACACUCGUCUCUGUUUGGGCCAUUAUUUGGACAGUUCAGAGCUUUGUGGGAGAAAAGAUAAACAUGGCUAUUAAGUAUGCAAAAUUGCUACUGGGAGAACAACAUUGGCUUCUUUUUUUUCUUAAACAACAUAUUUAAAGAAGUCUAUGACUGAUUGUCACACUAGAUUAGUUUGUCAGAACCAUUUUGCAUCCUGACAAUCAGUUCAGUGAAGAAGAGUGCACACAAUCUGUCUUCCAUUAUUAUUUUACUUUUAUAUUUUCCAAAGUUAUUUUUCAUUUUAUGCAUGAGGAUAUUCAACAAGUAAUAGUAUUAAGAAAAAGUAACAACAGUCACUCGUUUGAAUAAGCAAAAAAUUGUAAAAAAUUCUGUGUUACAUACUUUGCCUGAUAUGAAAGUAUUUUAGUUGGACUGGAUUGAUGAUGAUUGACAGACUGAUUGAUCAGUACUAUUAUUCAUUAUUAACGUGUUACAUUUCCAUGCUUGUAUUUAUACUUAUUGUGUGUUUAAUCACUUUAAGCAUGAUUCCUAUUGUAUUUUAUGGAUGACCAAAUAUAGAAUAUAUGUGUUAUA